AUGGUAAGGGUCAAGCGUGCAGCCUCCGAAAUGGACCAAACAGGCAAGUCUGGCCUAGACGCCAUGUUGCGCAAUGUGCUCGACCGUGUCCAGGAGUUGUCCACCGAAGACGAGUCGAGACUCCUCUCGUCUGCAUUCAUAAAGCUUCCACCCAAGAAGGUGUAUCCUGAUUACUAUGCGUUGAUAGAGCAGCCGAUCUCGCUCUUUGAGAUUCUGCGCAAAGUCACAAAGGGCGGCUAUCGAGACGCGGCGCUGUUUGUUGCGGACUUCACACUUAUGUAUGAGAAUGCCCUUCGGUAUAACGACCCGACCUCCUGGAUUGUCCAGGACGCGCGUCAAAUCUUAGAUUAUGUAGAGGCCAAUGUGGACACUGCUGCGCUUGCUGUGGGAGCUGCUUCUUCGGAGCCUGAUCUCAACGAGUUGCGUCAGAUGUGUUUGGGCAUAUUGGAGGAAGUGAUUGAGCACCUGUUCCCAGACGACGGAGUGCUCAGUGGGCCGUUUAUGUAUAAUGUCGAUCCUGAGGAGUACCCCGAAUACUACACCAUCAUCGAGCAUCCAACAUCUUUUGAGCAGGUGAAAGAAGAGGUCAAUGGACUGUUGUUCUCUGCCAGUGCUACGCUCGCUGAUAACUUGUCCGCCUUCUACAACGAAGUGGACCUCAUUUUCGUAAAUGCGCAAACGUACAACGAUCCAUCUGCCUUAAUUUUCGAGGAUCUGAGAAAAUUGCUGCAGGUGUUCAACGAGAAGUACGCUGCUUUGGAACUCAGCUUGCUUGGUGAACUGCACCCUGCUUUGAAGUUCAGAGGAAAGGGCCCCAAAGAACCUACAACGAAACUCAAAUUGACAUUCAAGGGAAAAACUGAGUCGCCCGGCCCUGAAGACUUCUCGUAUGGUGAUGAUGCUCCAAAGAAGAAGAGGGGCAGGAAACCUAAGAAAGUGGUCGAAGAAGAACAAAGACAAGCUGCGCUCGAGGCUCAGCUCAAAAGAGAAGCCGAGGGUGGAUACGACUCCGAAGAUGAGUAUGACAACGGCCUGUUUGGCGCUUUCGAAGCGCACGCCAUGGGUAAGCAUUUUACCAUACCACCAAAAGAGAGUGUGUUCAUCAGGAAAGUUGGCUUCAGUUCGAACCAAAAUGUCACUAAUCAAAUUUUGAGCGCAGUUGGUUCCCAACCAUACGCUGCCCCCAGCAAAGCUGAGAUCACUAGAAGACAGUUCUUCCCAAAAGCACCUGUUUCCAAUGCUGCAACUUUCUUCGAUUACCAAUUUGAAACCCUUGGGUUCUCUUCCAAAGCCUAUUCUAUUACGCUACCUCAGGAUGCUACUCCAAUUGUUUCAAUGAAGGUUGCAUUGCAUGAGUUCAUAUACAACUUGAAGAAAAAUGAUUUAGUGGAUGGCCAAGGCUAUCUCAAGGGUAGGGCAGAAGAAGAUUUUAUGGCCUCUCUUUUUGUGAAUGAUGAAGAAGUUGGGGGAGGAGUCGAAGUCAAUGAAGAGAUUGAUCCAACUGACAAUCGCACAAAGCUUCUCAGCUUGUCAUAUGAUCUUAAGCUCAGCUAUGGUCUCAAUAUCGUCAACUUUGAGUUGAGGCUUUCCCCAACUUUGGCCAAAACUCUAAGAAAACGGAAGGGCAAUCUGGAGUCCACGGAGCUUGCCGGUCGCCAUACCAGACAUCAAUUGCAACAACUAAAACUCCAUUGGGAAAUGGAAAAGUUCACACUCUACGUCAUCUCUCUCAGUCCCUAG